UGUAAUGUGUUGCUCAUAGGGUCAAACUUGUCCUGUCCACCAGUGUGCGUGGGAUUCCUCACUAAUAUAAAUCCCGAAGGACCAACACCAGCGAGGAAAGUCACGUCCAAAGACCAAGCGCAACGAUCCACCGCUGGUUAUUCUGCACAAAGUGGAUUUGCUCAAUACCAUACUUGGGGGCCAGUUUCAGAUCGGAGGAGGAACGGGAGACUCACGCGUGCACACGUAGAAACGGAUAAAAAAGUAUAUUAAUUUGCUUUCUGGUAAAAGAUAAAUAGAAACAACAAACAAUACAAACUUCGUUUGGAAAACGUGCAGCACUGGAUUGGUCUUUCCGAAUUAAUAUUUGGAUGUUGUUCUUUGGGAGUGUUUCUCAACUCUGACCACUGCGCGGCUACAAGGUGUUACUCCGGCUCUGACUUCCUAGUUGGAUUCUAGCGAGCAGUCAGAACACCUGUGACUGGCAUUACGUGCCCCAUUUGAUCUCUUAGUCCAGCUUCAACGGGUUUUGGCUGCGGGUGACAGCACGCACGUUCAAGUGUAUUGUCCCGCUUUGGCAAACUGAUGGCGGCUUCAGCACCUUCCUCCUCUGCCGGCGACCCGGAUCCCAACUCGACUAAUUUACGACCACCAUCUACAACAUAUGAUGCAUGGUGCGGCGUAGCACAUGGCUGCACGAGGAAGCUGGGGAUGAAGAUAUGCGGCUUCCUGCAAAAGAACAACAGUCUGGAGGAGAAGAGUCGUAUCGUCAGUGCCCUUAAGGAGCAAUCUUCAAAAAACGAACUCGAGAACAGCGAACGGGAUGCCCGAUUCAGGCGCACUGAGGUUGACUUCUCCAACCUUUUCGCUCGGGAUCUACUGCCGGCCAAAAAUGGAGAGGAGCCCACCAUGCAGUUCUUGCUGGAAGUUGUGGAGAUCCUCACCAACUACGUGCGCAAGACCUUUGACAGGUCCACCAAAGUGCUGGACUUCCACCACCCGCACCAGCUGCUAGAGGGCAUGGAGGGCUUCAACCUCGAGCUCUCUGACCAGCCAGAGUCACUUGAACAGAUCCUUGUGGACUGCCGAGACACACUAAAAUACGGCGUGCGGACAGGUCAUCCCAGGUUCUUUAACCAGCUCUCCACUGGCCUGGACAUCAUCGGCUUGGCCGGAGAAUGGCUAACCUCAACUGCAAACACCAACAUGUUCACAUAUGAGAUUGCCCCUGUCUUUGUGCUGAUGGAGCAGCUCACUCUGAAGAAGAUGAGAGAGAUGAUUGGCUGGCCAAACGGCGAGGGGGACGGUCUUUUCUCACCUGGGGGCGCCAUAUCCAACAUGUACAGUGUGAUGGUCGCACGUUACAAGUACUUCCCAGAGAUCAAAACCAAAGGCAUGUCUGCCGGACCCCGAUUGGUCCUUUUCACCUCAGAACAUAGCCACUAUUCCAUCACCAAAGCUGGAGCAGCGCUGGGAUUCGGCAAGGAAAAUGUCAUUCUGCUGCGCACAGAUGAGAGGGGCCGAGUCAUCCCCGCCGACCUGGAGGCCAAGAUCAUCGAUGCCAAGCAGAAGGGUUAUCAUCCACUCUUUGUGAAUGCCACGGGUGGGACUACUGUGUAUGGGGCGUUUGACCCCAUCAAUGAGAUUGCUGACAUCUGCGAGAAGUACAACCUUUGGCUGCACGUGGAUGGUGCCUGGGGAGGUGGUCUGCUGAUGUCCAGGAAGCACCGUCACAAGCUGAAUGGUGUUGAGAGGGCAAACUCUGUCACAUGGAAUCCACACAAGAUGAUGGGCGUGCCUCUGCAGUGUUCCGCCAUCUUGGUCAGGGAGAAGGGCAUCCUCGCAGGCUGUAACUCCAUGUGUGCCGGAUACCUAUUCCAGCCUGACAAGCAAUACGACGUCACCUAUGACACCGGAGACAAGGCCAUCCAGUGUGGACGCCACGUGGACAUCUUCAAGUUCUGGCUCAUGUGGAAGGCCAAGGGAACAAUAGGAUUUGAGCAACACAUCGACAAGUGCUUGGAGCUCUCGGAGUACCUCUACAAUAAGAUCAAGAACCGCGAGGGCUACGAAAUGGUGUUUCAGGGGGAGCCCCAGCACACAAAUGUGUGUUUCUGGUACAUUCCACCCGGUAUGAGAGGCAUGCCAGAAGGGGAUGAGCGCAGGGAGAGACUUCACAAGGUUGCACCCAAGAUCAAAGCCAUGAUGAUGGAGUGUGGCAGCACCAUGGUGGGCUACCAGCCCCAGGGAGACAAGGUCAACUUCUUCCGCAUGGUCAUCUCCAACCACGCUGCCACCCGCUCCGACAUAGACUUCCUCAUCGACGAGAUCGAGAGGCUGGGUGUUGACCUGUGAGAGUGCUGCUAGCGCCCUCCAGUGGCCACAGGUUUGCAGCCCAACUCUUUGGAGGAGGGGGAAAAAACUGAGUUAUGGCUUGUCCUGUCGAACCUCCCCCCUUCAAUGGCUCAACUGGUUUCCACAAAGAGAUUAUACUCAAGCUAUUACCUUACAGUAUCCCACCUCCGACCCCCUUCCUCUUUGCUUUUUCCCCAACGGCGCGGGUUGAUGAUGUAAUCAGAUGUUGUGUGCUGUCGUCUCCUGUAUGCUCUCAGUGCGUCCUGUACGUUCUCUAUUUCUCUCUUUGUCAGUAGGUAUUUAGCUGUAUGUGAUAAUAACAGUAUAGAGCCCUGGCUUCAACAGGGCUCUUUCCAAGACAGCGGGACAGCCCCUUUCCAGCAUCUGUGAUGUUGUGUCUGACCAUGGUAGAAAUUCAAUAACUCAAUAAUGAGAUCUGUUUUAUUUAAAUUCAUAUAUAAAUUAAUCAAUUAUACUGGUGCUUUAUGCUUGUAAAUAUGGAUAAAUUAUAAGACAAGGUGCACCACCUUCAUUUAAUGCAGUUUCUCUUUUCCAAAGCCCAUGAGUGUUGAAGUAGUGCACUUUGUGUUGUAAAACAGUGGUAAUGUACUGUACUCGGCUCUGUACUCGAUCGCCAUGUUUCCAGAGCUUUCCACUCUCGUGUAGACUGGGAAAAGUCCUGACACAUUGCCUUUGUGAGAGAUACAUAAUAUAUAUAUAUAUAUAUAUGUAAUAGUUUUCCACUAUGUUUCAAAUGUUUAUUCUAUUAUGAGCUUAUAGUUGUAUAGAGGUUAACCUAUAGGUCUAUGAAAGAUAUAUAAAAAAUUGCCAAAAAAAUUUAUAUAAUGACAUAUUAACAGUGUUUGAGAGUCUAGUAUUUUAUUCCAUUUGUAAUGUAUCUUUUAAACUAUGUAUUCAAAUAGGUUUUAAAUAAUGUUUAUGGUACCGUAGUGAAUUUGUGAGCCAAAGACACAAACAACUAGACAUGCAUCAAUCCGCUGCCCAUCCUGAACCAAUGGGUACAUUUAUGUAAUAUAUGAAUGAAUAUAUAUUAUGGAUCUUAUGCACAUAAUGAUAACUCUAUGAUGCACUCCCUAAAUCUCAGUGCAAUUGAAUCGUGUUGUGUACCUGUUGUGUGUCAUAUGUUACUCUAUUUCUGUGUCUAUGUGUGUGUGUGUGUGUGUGUGUGUGUGUAUAUAUAGAUGUUUGAAUGAGUGUAAAUGUGUGUGUGCAUGUAUAAGUGUGAAUGUAUAUGUGCAUGUGUGUGUGUGUGUGUGUGUGUGUGUGUGUGUGUGUGUGUAACUUUGAAUGUUCCCGAGACCUUGGGACAGAGUUGUUUGCGGCGUUGUCGUGCGAUGCUUGACUCAGGCAGUGUCGUCUCUGCCCUUUUUCUUUCUUUAGUGAAAAGCACAAAGUGGGUUGGCCUCAUGGGAGGCUGAGGAAUGUAAAGUUCCCGUGAAGUGAGAACGGACUGUGUACAUAGACAAUAAUCACAUAAACAAGAGACAUAUUUAUCAUUUAUUUAAUGAAGAUUUAAACAUACUUAUACUUACCUUCGGUGAGGAAGGCAUUUUAACAUGAGGUACUUACUUAUUCAACCCAAAUGUCUGAAUUUCAAGUCUGAUCGUUUGCACAGCGUCCUUUUCUCCCAUUCUCCUCCAUUGCAAAUGGAUUUUAUGCCGGGAGGGAGUGACGCCGUAUACAGUAUUUUCUGGACCAGAAAAAGCAAAGCUGCACAAUAAGCUAUGUCACUGUCUGUGUAUUCAGUGGAAUGAAAGCUGUGUGUCCUAUGGGUGAUGGUCCUACUUGUGUAAUGAUAGGCACUUUAGCAUACAAUCACGCCAUGUUCAAACUGUUAUUGUUACAUGUAAUAAAACCUCUAUUAAAAACA